CCGCUGAACCUGCUGAUCUGAACCGUGCUAUACAAGAGAUACGUAAAUGGGAAACUGGACGAGUUAUGAUCUCUGAAAAUAAUACAAAUGGUAAUGAAAAUGACCAAGCUAUUGCCCGCCUUACCGAACAAAUUGCCAAGCUCAAUAUCAAUCUUGCUAAAAAACAACCUGCUACUCCU